CCGGUGUGCCAGAGCGCCAGGCAGAUCGUCCAGCUCAGCUUCGCCCCGCUGGCACAUGAUGAGAGGCCCAGUCUGUCUGAUUCCAUCUUUACAGUGACGGGGGACUCGGACGCCACCCGAGCUCCCUCCAGUGAGAGGCUGAGCAGCGGGUCAGAUGGUACGCCGCCCAGAGGCCAAGAGUGUACACACCUGGGGAGCAGCUGGUAUAGCAACCCCUCCUUCUCAUUACCCAGUAGGGAGAAGGCGUGCCUGGCGACAGACUCUGAGCUGGACCAGGACCUCAGCGACCGGCUGGGCCUGGGCAGCAGCGACACGCUCACCAACGGCAGCCAUCGUGCUGACGUGGCAGCGGCCAAACGCCUGGCUAAACGACUCUUCAACUUGGACGGCUUCAGGAAGUCCGAUGUGGCGCGCCACCUCAGCAAGAAUAAUGACUUCAGCCGCAUGGUUGCAGAAGAGUAUCUGAGUUUCUUCAGUUUCACAGGCCUCACUCUGGACCAGGCAUUACGGACUUUCCUCAGGCAGUUUGCGCUGAUGGGGGAGACGCAGGAGAGAGAGAGGGUGCUUUCACACUUUUCCAGGCGCUACUUGGACUGCAACCCAAACAUCAUACCAUCAGAGGAUGCAGUUCACACUCUCACCUGUGCCCUGAUGCUGCUCAACACUGAUCUGCACGGUCAGAACAUUGGCAAGAGGAUGUCAUGCACACAGUUCAUUGGCAACCUGGAAGGACUGAAUGAUGGCCAAGAUUUUCCUAAAGACCUGCUCAAAGCUCUCUACAACUCCAUCAAGAACCAGAAGCUGCAGUGGACGCUGGACGAGGAAGAGCUGCGGAAGUCGUUCUCGGAGCUCGGGGACAGCCUGUGUGAGUCCAACACCUCCAGAUCGAUGAAGAGGGUGGGCAGCAGCGGGAAGCCCCUGUCAGACGGGUUGCAGCCCACGGGAACGCUGCUGUACAAGAACGGAUUCCUGGUUCGCAAAGUCCACGCCGACUCAGACGGAAAGAGAACACCGAGAGGGAAGAGAGGGUGGAAGACUUUCUACGCCAUCCUGAAAGGGCUGAUUCUCUACCUGCAGAAAGGGGAGUACAGGCCCGAUAAGCAGCUGUCUGAUGAAGACCUGAAGAACGCAGUGUCCAUCCAUCACUCUCUGGCCAUGAAAGCUUCAGACUACAGCAAGAGACCUAACGUGUUUUACCUGCGGACAGCGGACUGGAGGGUGUAUCUCUUCCAGGCACCGAAUGCAGAGCAGAUGCAGUCUUGGAUCACACGGAUCAACACAGUGGCCGCCAUGUUCUCAUCUCCUCCCUUUCCAGCAGCCAUCGGCUCGCAGAAGAAGUUCAGCCGGCCGCUGCUGCCAGGGACGAUGUCCAAACUGUCUGAGGAGGAGCAGGUCAGGUCUCAUGAAGCUCGAUUCAGAGCUAUCUCCACUGAGCUGGCUGAGCUGCGCUCGUAUCCACCUGACCGCAAGGUGAAAGGACGUGAACUGGACGAAUACCGCCAGCGAGAUGAGUAUCUGGACUUUGAGAAAACACGGUAUGGGACCUACAUCAUGUUGCUGCGAGCUAAAAUCCGAAGCGGCGAGGACGACCUGUCUGUGUUUGAGCUGCAGCUGUUGGAGGAUAAUGGGCUUCAGAGGGCUCACUCCAGCCCAACGCUGCAGGACAGCAGCCAGGCCAGCCUGGCCAGCAGCACCAGGGACGGAGGCAACAGCAGCAAAGCCAGCGGCUGCAGCAGCAAGCAGCAACGGCAGGAAGGCCAGAGACACAGCUACCGACAGGCCGUCAAGAAGUGAGACGGGGCGGGGGCGCCGGGAGCGGCAUGGCGUUGCACUGCCAGCGGCAGGCUGUCUCCCUGCAGAGGUUUUGUUUGGAGCUCUGCUUGAAGGGGGGAGCAGGAGUGAGGGUCUACCCCACGCCCUCCCCCAAAACACGACGCCCUACCCGGCACCCCAAUCUUCUCAUCUAACAGAGGAGGUGCAGAUCCUGUGACUGGCAGAGAGGCUGGUGCAGGAGGUGGGAGGGACCGCAGGGUGGUCACGGAUCUGCAGACAAGGUGUCUUUGAGAACGCACGCUGGGUGCUGCAGCAGACUGUGAGAUAAAGAGGCUGCUUACGGAUCGGACGGGGCAGCGCACAGGGACCUACAUCCAGCAUCCUUUCCUUUUUCUCCUGUUUUGUUCUUUCAAGGCACCUCUGGCCAUGUUCUCGCACCUUUUUUCUUGACUUUUCACUCCGUUUUUCUGGGACCAAACAUGUUUACACACUUUGAAUUGUCAUCACAUUAUAGACGACUGAUGAUUUGAUUUCCGUUGAAUUUCUGCCACCACUCUGGAGGAGAAGCGCUGUAAUAAAAACUUAGGAAACAUCAGCAGGUCUUACGGAGCCAUUACAUUCCAGCUCCUUUUUUGUGUUCACAUUCCACACAGGAAUUACAGCUUUCAGCUCCUGUAUGUUUCACUGAAGGUGGUAUCGAGUUAAAUCAACAUGUGGCUUCAGUAUACGGUGCGAUGUGAUAGUGCUGCUCCGUCAGCUCGUCUUUCCUCCUUUCUCCAGUCACGACAACGUCGGUAGAAGUUCACAGAACUCCAAAUAUGCAGCAAUAUACUGCAUGACACAGAGAGAAAGAGGUCUUUUUUUUUGGCUCUGCUUGAACUCAGACAUCUCUCGCUUUUGCUUCUGUCCUGUGACGUGCUUCUGUUCUCUUUCUUGGCCGAAUGUUGUUUUCUGCAGUGAUCCGCAUGCCUGCAUCCAGCACUGCUUCUUUUAGGGCUUUUUACUACUUUGAGGGCAAAAAUCUGAGAGCAGGAAAACUGCUUUCGGUUGGGGGUCGGUUUAGUCAUUCUCCUCAUGCCAGUGCCAUCCCCAACAUGUGUAAUCUUUGUCUGUACUUCUAAACCCGACUCACUGGACAGACCCUGAAUGUUCUUUGUUUCUGAUAUUUUUACAGUAUUUUACAGUCAUUUGUUAGUGUUGAACCUCAUGUGUAUGUCAAAUGUGUGAUGAAAUAUAUCUCUGUAAACACCCAGGAUAUGUUGUAUAUAACGCACCAGAUAUUGUAGGAUAUAUGACUAUAUUUACAAUAUAUUCAGCACACUGAUGUGAAGCUGCUUUAGGUACACACACAGUUUUCUCCUUGUAUGUCCCAAAAUUACUACAUGGUAAUAACAUUAUUUUAUUUUUUCUUACAAAAUUUAUGAAUAUUAUCAAAGUAAGUCUAUCAAAGAUUAGUGAGGCUGUUGUUUUGCAGGAUUUUACUGUAUAAAGCAAAUUCUUGUGAAGAUUUCAGCUCCAGAGGGAACUAUUCCAAAGACAGAUCAUGCUCCAAGUCCUCUGAGAACUCAGCAGCCAGCUUGGUAACACCUCCGGGCAGUUCAUUUGAAACCCACGACUUAAAUGAAUGAGGGAGAGAGCCCUAAUAUCAGUGGUGACCGAGACAGAACAACUGGAUUUAUAAAGACAUACGUCAAAAUAUUAAUUGAUUUUGCCCCAAAGUAAGAUUUGAAAGUUCCACUUCUGCUACCCCAUUAACAUCCCUGUUUAUCCCACUGAAGCGUUGAGUAACUGCUGUGCUAAUUCAUGCUAUCAAUACCAUAAGCCAAGAAAAGUUCACUUGAAGUCUGCCUGUGCAGAUCCAAAGGUCUUCUAAACUCCCAGUCUCUGCACUUCCUGUUUCACAGGGGGCGCUGGUGAGAUAGUCCAGAAUAAUGGGGAUCUGUGGAGCCCACAAAUAUACAUUUUGUGGGCUCCACAAAAUGUGUAUUUCUGUAUGUAUACAUUUCUUCUUUGAAUUUUCAUUAUGUUUUUGAAAGAAAGGGUCAAGAUAUAGUUCAGAUUUUUUUUUUUUUACUGGUUUCUAUUGCACAAAAAUAGAAUUCUGUAAAUAUUGGGGAUGCCACACAACCCUGAGCAACUGUCACAGUCGCCUUCAACUUCCAUGACCAGCGGCUGCUUUAACUGCACUUCUAAUGUCUAGUUAUCUUUUGGAAAAUGGGCAUCAUCAAGGGAGAGUGAUGUGUGGUAAAUCCUUACCCCACCAAUCAACAUGCAUCAGCAAAAUGCUAGUAUUUCAUGGACAGUUUUCGACAUUUUACUUACAGGCAUAUCAGUGCUGUAUUUGCAAAAAACUAAAAGAAACGUUGGAAGACAGAAAUUUUUUGUCUAGAAGCAGGUGUAAAUAAUUGUUUUAACUCUUCUUCAUUGAGGACUAUCUCGCAAGUGCCCCCUGCUGCAUCACUACCUGGACUGCAGUCAUUUCCUCGUGGAGGAGAUUAAAAGGAAGUGGCAUGUCUCUCCUAGAUCAGCUGGGUUUUUUUUUAUGUCUUUAUCUAAAUGAAAUGAGAGAAUGAGACUUAAAUUUAAUUACUGUUGUCACCAAGAUGUAAAAACUGGAUUUGUACUGAAAUCUGAUGUCAAGAAAUGCUUGAAAAGUUUGGUGACUUCCCCCUAAAUAAGGUUUUUUUUCUCCUCUACUGCACAUGUGCAGAGUUACACUUCAGUAAGGGCUCAAUCCAAAGUGCGAUAAAAGUCUUUGAUUAUCCUACCAGAACAGGAUAAUCAAUCCUUCCUAUAAUAACGAGUAGAUGAACCUCCUGCCAGGAAACAAAAACAGCAGUGAAACUUUACUCUUAACAUCUGUGGCUGCAACAAAAUGAUUGGCUCGUUCGGAUGUUAUAUUGGCUCUUUUGGGACAGAGGCCAGACUGCUGUUAGCGAACCCUGCAGUAGAUUUCUAUCAGGACUCUGAGUGCAUGGUUUUAACUGGAUUGUAAAAGAUGCAUGAAAAAUGAUGAGGGGAGAAUGUAAACAAUAACAAAGAAGAAGACAAACUCCGUGUUCAGGAGUGUGUGUGUGUGGGCGGACUGAUCUAAAUAUGGAACUAUAUAAUGUUUGGUAGCCAUAUACACCUCAUAGCAUUAUCGAUGCACAGCCAUUUACUACUCAGGCUUUAAAACGACACCUUGAGCAGCUGCAGUGCCAGCAUCCAACCAGCAGGGAGUGCUGUUGACAUUCACCUAUGUUCUUUCAGCCAUAAUCACACCUGCUGCACCUGCAGUGAAUAUGCACGGGAUUACCCGCUUGCCUGAGGAGGUGGUUUGGGUGGGUAUUGCAGGGCUAAAUAAGACGGGACCUGUUUAUUGUAACUCCGGAUGUCAAGUCUUAGUGUGUGUUGGAGUGUGUGCAUAUGUGAAAGGCUGCAGAGAGCCUCCUAUCCAGCGCCAAAUGUGUAGAUUAAAGCUGUACAGUUUCUAGAACAGAUAGUCAGGCUUAAGUGUGUCCGGUGUUAGUCUCUCAGUCAUAUAGAUGCCUGCAGUGUCGCACUGAAUCGAUCCAGAACUGUGGUUAUUGACCGUCAUGUGAGUCAUUUUAAGCAGCAUCCUCUAGGUCCACCUUUGCUGAGCAUUUUUGUUUUUGCAAUUUGAAGACAUUUAUGAUUAUUGUUUCUCACUGAGACCACUCUUACACACAGCUUAUUUUCAUUUAAAGCUCAUCUCCUGCUUUUCGUCUCUGCACCAUCGCUCACUCUGGUGGUAUAAAAAGGUUUUGUGUGUGUAUAUUGUUGCCAUAACCAACUUCCUGUACCUUUUGUGUAACUUUACAGACUUCAUACUUGUGUAUUAUUAGUAGUGUUUGCUGUCUAUGAUGUGGCCAAACUGUCAAUAAUCAGCCAGACUCAGACAUUGAGUACCUUUAAUGUGGACCUAUUCUGCUCAUUUACAGCUCUGUAUUUUUAGCCUUGAACUUUCCUAGGGUAGCUUUGCAUGAUCCGGAGCUCAAAAUAAUCCUUGUUUAUCUGAUACAGGGCCUUGAUGUGGCCCUUAAGUUCAUCCUCUGUUUUACUUUUAGACAGAGGAUGCCUUCCUUCGUAUUGGCUGCCCCUCAUAAAGGUCUAAACAGCAGGUGGGUGGGGCUUCUGUGUUCAGAUGACCAUAUUAGGAAUAUCCUCUCAUCUCACUGAGUUGCAACAGCCAUUCAGGAUUUGGAUGAUUUGUACAAACAAUGGCCAUAUAUUUUAAAUUUGGCCAUGUUUAAUAUGAGCAUUCAUUACUGUAACAGUGUAUAAAUGACAGAAAAUGGGGAAAAGCAUAAUAGGUCUAUUCACAUAAAAUCAAUAUUGCAUAAAUAUGAAACCACUUGUCAGAUAAUAUCCUUAAAACCUACAUGUCUUAUUAUUCCACACACACAAAACUGUCUGUCAUCCCUGAAAGUAAGUGCUUUGCGUGAGUUUGAAUCAUUUUAGUUCCCCACUGCUUACAUUGUAGAUGGUUCAUAGCAAGCAGAAAUUGCACAUGAAGUUUGUACUGUUUUUAUGUCAACUGCUGCCUCUGAUAUCUAAGCUCAUAUUAACAGGAGACCCUUUAAAUGUGAGGAUUCGUUGCUUUUGAAAUCUCUUUGGGUUUUAGAGGGAAGCAUUUAUGAGGACUAUGAGUUCAUGAUAUUCCCCCAAAAGCUGUUCACAAAUGAUCAGAAGCUCUCAUUUUGUGCUUAAAGGCCAGAUUACCCUCUUAAUGGUGCAAAUUCUCCAACAAAUGAAUUUAAUACUAAAACUCCUGUGAGCAUGUGGAUUCGGGGGCCCUUGGGCCAGUUGCCCAUUUGACCUAAUUUUGGUAAUCCAGCCCUGCUGUCUGCACAUGAUCACAUUAAAUAUAAUCUUUGUCAACUUUGGGGCUCUGCAGACUUAAUGUAAAAAAAAAAAAAACAUUUUCAAUAAAUAUGACAACAUGCAGCCUUGAUUUGAGCUCUUAGAGCAGGACUACAUAUGGGCCAUGAUGCAGCAGGGCCCCAGCCUGUUACACAGUUGGCCCUAAACUGGUUCUGGCACCAGAUUUAAACCAAAAUGAACCAUUAACCCAGCCACAUAUCAGCUAUAUGCCUCAUUUGAUGCCUUAAUAAGGGCAGCCUUUCAUUCAAUCAACAGAAACAGUGGUGCUUGCAAAAGAGUUUAUUAGUUAAAAGUUAACUAAUAAUUACAACAAGAUAAAGAAUCUCUUUGUGUUCAGGCCCAGCUUGACCUAGUGUGUUAGCUUAAUGCUGCCUGGAGAUAACCCAUUUAAGCCCAGUAUGCCUAAGCUGCAGGGCAACAGUGAUAACUGAGCCACGGUGCUGCCAGUCAAACUAACAAGUUCAGUCGUGGGAGCAUUACUGGAGGUCAAAUACUCCAUCAGCUGUUCUGCUAUCUUUAAUGCAGUUAUCAGUGCACGUAUCCUGCAUACCAGUGCCAACUGUGUGGCCAGAUCAGUUUCACUGUUGAUUAUUAACUGACAAUUUUGGGGCUAUAAAGAGCUGCACUGAAGUACGAUCCAUAAAGUGCCAAAGCCAAACCAAGUACAGCGAGUGCAGUCACUUAAUCCUCCUUUCUGUGGCUUUGUGCAGAACCUCCACCUUAUCUCAAAGUUUCCCCGUCCCACUGCCUUUCUCCAUGUCUUCUCACCACUUGUGGUUAGCAUAGAAAUGGCUGGUUCCCCUUGAUGACGCCUCUGUUUUGCACCAUGUUCACAGAUGUAGGAAAUCUGCAGCUCAAACCGUCUCUUCAGCGUGCACUUGUACAUCACAGCCUCAUUUCUGAAUGUAAAUAAAGCAUGCAAUAUUAUGGCCUGCUUUCAUUUAUAUUAUGGUUAGAGUAUUAAAUGAAAGGUUAAUAUAUAAGGUAGGUCAACAUUUUUUUCCUGUCCUUGAACUCACGGUCAUUUCUCUUUUUUUAAUCAAUGUGAAUGAAGGGAAUGGCUAUAUUUAAUGCUGUUGUAUGCUGUUGUGUUUUAGAGAAUCGAGCCAGCUCAUACAAAUCUUUUUACAUGUAGAGGUCUGCUCUGUCUCAGUGUUUUUUAGACCGGUGCAGAUAAGGCGAUGUUCAUUUUAUGCUAUACAUACAGUGAGCUACACGUGUCACUGCCUUGUUCUAACUCACCAAGGAAAUGUUGUUUGUGAGCUUCUCACUUUGGGAGGCGUAGAUGAUAAAAAUAAAAGUGUUUUGAAAGGUUUA